UUUCCCUGAAAAUUUCAUCAACCAGAAAAAACAACUCAGAAGGUAAAAAGAAGAAGAAACAAUCGGAAGAGAUAAUGGGAGAGUGUAGGCCACUGGGUUUCUUGCUGGGGCUGCCAUUUGCUCUGCUCGCUCUGGUUUUUUCUCUUGUUGGUGCAGUUAUCUGGGUCAUUGGGUCUGUGUUGAGUUGCUUGUGCCCAUGUUGCAUCUGCUGUGCUUCACUGGCGAAUUUCGCCGUGUCGCUCGUGAAGCUUCCUGUUAAGAUAUUGAGAUGGUUCAUUCAUCAAUUUCCAUGUUGAAAUCGAUUUUAAUUUUCCGAUUGGCAUGAGAGUUUAUGGGGAGAACUUCUUGGUACGUAAUUCAUAGGUUGUAUCUUUUUUAAUGGUAAGAAGAUUAAUUGAUUAAACAAGACCAUUGUAUUUUCCACGUUGUUUCGAUUUAUGUGAUUAAAAUAGCCAUUUAAUUAACAUCUUGUAAUUAAAUAUAAAUUAAUAAAUUAUAAAUCUUUUGUAA